GUUGCCCUAUCCAUGUGUGCCGCGAUUGCCGGAGGAGCUCUGCGAGGCGCGUCGGCAUUUGGAGCUGGAUCGAUCGCUUGCCACACUCGCAAUCGCGCGGCUCCUAGGGUUUACUUCUUCCACGGGAUGGAGGUUUUCUGGACGCCGCGAGCCAAGGACAACAAAUCGCUCGUCAAGCUCCUCCGGGAGGAGGGCGCGGUGAAAUCCGACAGGGUCGCCAGCGUCAUGGGGAAGCUGGAUCGCGCCUUGUUCAUCGCCGAGGGCGAGAGGAAUCUGGCGUACAUGGACUGUCCAAUGCAGAUUGGAUUCAAUGCCACCAUCUCGGCUCCACACAUGCAUGGCUCGUGCCUGGAGCUUCUCAACAAGCAUCUCCAGCCGGGAAUGCACGCUCUCGACGUUGGCUCCGGAACUGGUUACUUGACCGCUGCUUUCGCUCUUCUGGUGGGCGAUCAAGGUCGCGCUGCAGGAGUGGAACACAUUCCGGAGCUCGUCGAGCAGUCGAUCAAAAACGUUAGGCGAUCCCCGGCGGCUUCACUGCUGGAGCCCGGCGUUCUUUCUCUGCACGUUGGAGAUGGUCGACUUGGCUGGCCCGAGCACGCGCCAUACAACGCCAUUCACGUUGGAGCCGCGGCUCCGCAAGUGCCUCAGCCACUGAUCGAUCAGCUCAAACCAGGCGGCCGGAUGGUGAUACCGGUUGGGGAGGGAGCGCAAGAGCUGGUGGUGAUCGACAAGGGGCCCGAUGGAUCGCUCAAGCAGUGGACCGCGUCGAGCGUGAGGUAUGUUCCUCUAACUAGCAAGGACGAGCAGCUCAGGGGAGGAGUAUGAUUGUAAUUAGACUUUUGUAACUAUCACGAAUGAGAAGGCCUCUUGCUUCAAAAGUUGAAGGAAGCACCAUCAAAUCUAAAACAACGCAUUUCCAGUUUUGAGAAUGCUGGACA